GUGAAUCCCUCCAUAUACUUCUUUCAAACAUCAAAAUCAUCCCAGUAUACGUAUCCCAUUACACGGUAUCAGAGCUUUAGCAGACGCUGUUCAUCCAAUUCUUUCUACGACAGUUAAAGAUAUUUUCUAUCUGCGAAGCUCUGAAUUUCAUUUCCUUUACAAACAUCUUUCAUAACAACAUCAUCUCCGACUUCAAGUAUUUCAACUACCGACUGAACACCUCAGACUCUGCGAAAAGCCCAGGGAACGUUCAAGAUACAUUAGCCCCGAAAUAAAAUCUGAAAACUAAACCUUUUCUUACUUUUCCGCUUUCGACAUUCCACACACAGAAAACUCCAUCAUCAUGUCUACUGAAGAGAGAAACAUAUCGGCCACUGAAGAGCUUCCAGAUGUCCUUACCGAUGACGAGGAUUCAUAUGCUUCUUCACAAAGUAAUGUGGAACAAGAUUAUAAUUCUGAGUACAUUCAGUCUAUGAAUGCUGAGAUCCGGUCCAGGAAUGCUGAGAUCCGGUCCCAAUUUGCUCAAUAUCUUCAAACCAAAUUCGCAGAAGACCUCACGGAUCGUCAACAUGUAACUGAAGCUUGGAUGUUCUACAUACGAUACAUGAUGAAUAUAAACGACGAGUGUUCAAUUUCGAUGAAUGAAGCUGGCGAUGAAGUCAGCCUCUAUUAUUCUCCAAGAGCAGCGGAUGCAUUCAAAGUUUUCUAUACGAGCAUUGGGCUACGCCGUUCUCAAGCAGAGAGUCACCGAAACCAGGCUAUCAACGAGCUUUUGAUUCCAGUCCUCAAUGAAACGCAGAUAAAGUCGGCAAAAUGCCCAAUCUGCACUGAAAAAUAUGACUCAAGUACAGAUGAUGCUGCUUCUCAUGGCGCUUGCAUGUUGCCGGACUGUAAGCAUGUGUUUGGGAGGAAAUGUAUCAACAAGUGGAUUGGGGAGGAGGAAAAGAGCACUUGUCCAGUGUGCCGCAGUCAAAUCGACAUUCCCGUUGAGUCUCCGGAGAUUUACGAUGAUUUAUUUGAAUGUGUAUUUGAGCCUAAAGAUAAAGAACUGCAUUGGGAUGGACCAUCGGAGACGACAGCUCGCUCCCAAAAUUGACAAGGAUUGUAAUCUUAGUGGUCACUUGAAGCAUUCUGGCGGGACGGAAGCGAAAGUUAUUCCUUCACAUACAUGAUUGAGCGGUUGAGCGAAUACUCUUUAAGAUAGAUAAAUGAGUAGACAAUAAAAACAAGCGAUAUGAGACA